AUGACCCCUAGUGAGGAGGCCAGAAAAAUCCUGGGUGAGAGUGCUGACGAUCAAGCCAUCAUCAAGUUGGUCGACUUCGUCGUUCAAACCCGUGAAGCAAAGGCGCAGGCGCAGGCGGCAGAAGCUCGUGAAGCAAAGGCGCAGGCAGAUGCUCGUGAAGCAAAGGCGCAGGCAGAAGCUCGUGAAGCACGCGCUCAUCAGGUGCACUUGGAGCAGGACAAGUUGCGGCUGGAAACGGAGCUGCUGAGCACCAAGUCGCGGUUCUCCGCAAUUCUUUGCAAUCGCUUCUUGAUUGAAACCGGCCUCAUUAACCUCUAUCCCAAAUCAACACUGUCGAAAGGCUACAGGACCUUCAAAGCACAAUUGAUGCAGAAGACGAAGGGACAAGGACCCAGACUAACAUUACAAGGACGGACGCUGUUCAACUGCAUCGUGAAUCAGACCAACGUGACCGCCAAGCAGAUUCACGUCGCCACUGAGCUGGAUGAUCUUAUACAUCACCUGUCAUCUGACAUCCAUUAUCCAGAGUUGGAUCACACGGGCUUCGUGUGUGGAGGUAAGCAGCCUCCACAGGCCAUCGCAAUCGCAAUGGCAGUGUGCUACUUGCAGGUCAAAAAGCAGCUUCACCAACGAGUUGUCUUCCUUGACCAGAACUAUAGCCCAGUCGCGACAUUGGUGGAUGGAACCAUCCAGCCACCGCCCUAA